AUGAAAAUCGCAGAAGUUAAUAGGUGUUGUUUUUGUGUACCUCUGCGCCCGGGUAUUAUUAUUUUUGCUUAUAUCAAUAUUAUAUUUUUAGCCAUCGCCGUGACAUGUCUGUUUAUCAGCACCGAGCAGCAGAAGAUAUCAAUAACCAGAGAUUCCUCUGUCGAGGUCCUGACCUCCACCAUCUUGUACAGCAUUCUAGGAAUGGGGCUCAUACUUAAUAUUUUACUUCUAGUUGCGGCCUAUCAGAAAGACAUAUCUAUGCUUCGUCUUUACAACUACUAUGCUGUAGCCACGUCUCUGGCCGCACUUGUUCCGACAUUUUUCCUCCUAUCAAGACGAAUGUAUAUCGACUCUACGACCUCCUUCUUGGCGUUAGGUUUACAAUUCUAUGUCGUGAUGCUAGUCAGAAGCGAGGUGGUGAAGCUAGAGGAAAAACAAUACAGGAAUACGGAAGACUAUCACGAAAAUACUCGUCCAGAUAUAAAUAUACCCGAUUGUGUAACUUUACUCUAA